AAUCACCCAGCCUUGGUCCAAUCAGUGGACAUGACAGGCGGCCUCCGGGAUGAAUGCGAAGGAGAGAAAAUAAAUAAAAAUAAUUUAACGAGGAAGAGCCGCCGUCACCAACGAUGCGGUAGAGGCCGAGCGAUGAAAUGAGCGGUUCCAUGGCGGCCUCGGACGACGACACGGUGUCGGAGCGCUCGAGCUCCGAGGGCGAGUACCCGGUGUCCGAGCGCGGGGCAGCGGCUACCGCCGCCGCCGUCGACGACGACACCUUCCGACUGGCCGCCUUCGGCCCGGACUGCGGCCGGCGCCACCGCCUCGGAACCGGGGACUACACCGAGGGCCUCAGCUACUUGCACUUCAUGUGGCAGGAGCCCGGCGGCCGUCAGCAGGAGCUUACCGGGAAAAUGGGCGUCAACCGCCUGAAGCGGCAGGUCAAGGUUCACCGCAAGGCUUGUCCCCUGGGCAAAGACAUCCAUGCUCAGAAGCGUUUACGAGAAGCUGCAAACGCCAAUGAAGUUGAUAUUGUGAGCCAACUGCUUGAAUGUGGCACUGAACCAUGUGUAGCAGAUGACAAAGGCAGGACUGCUCUUCACUUCGCUUCUUGUAAUGGAAACAGUUCAAUCGUGCAGUUGCUGUUGGAUCAUGGAGCAGACCCUAACCAGAGGGAUGGACUGGGAAACACACCGCUGCAUCUGGCUGCUUGUACAAACCAUGUACCUGUGAUCACUACACUCUUAAGAGGAGGUGCCAGAGUGGAUGCCCUGGAUCGAGCAGGAAGGACUCCACUCCACCUCGCUCGCUCUAAGCUGAACAUCCUGCAAGAUGGUCAUUCACGAAGCCUGGAGGCCCUUCGGGUGGAGGUGAAACAGAUCAUUCAGAUGCUGCGUGAGUAUUUGGAAAGAUUGGGUAAUCACCAAGAGACUGAGCAGCUGGAUGAUCUUUGUACAAAACUUCAGAUGACCAGCACAAAAGAACAGGUUGAUGAAGUUGCUGACCUGCUGUCAAGCUUCACUACACUCAGUCUACAAAUACACAACUUGGGUACAAGGUAGCUGAAUACAGUCUUUCCAUUUGUCAUUGGUGCAGGAGCUGAUGUAAAAAAAAUAUAAAACAAGUGAAAAUGUAGAAAUGACUUUUGUUUUUAAACAGGCCAGUGUUUGUGACCUUUUGGUUUUAAUAACAUAAUUCUCACUUUAUUGUAUUGGAAAUGUUGAUUAAAAUCUUUAUGGAAGCAAGCUUUGAAACUGAGCUCUCCCAAAACAAUGAGCUUUAGCUCUGGUAGGAUUUUUUUUUAACCUCCUGAAACUAUCUUCGUAUAACAAUAUGGACUGGUCUGAUAUACAAGCAUGUCACCUUCAUGGUGAAGAAUUAUAUGGUGACUGUUGACUUAUUAAAGCAGAAAUUGAUUGUUUCCAAGUACUCUUAUUGCAGGUGACAAUGGUUUGAUUAACAAACCAACAACUUGAAAUUCACUGUCAGAGUCUGUUUGUGACAUGCAGUUUUUGGUGACAGGAAUGUUGUGAUGUGACAGUAAAUAUGUAUUAAAUGUAAAAUUUAAAUGAAUAAAGUUUAAACUGAGUAAUGUA